GCCGUUAUGCAGAAAGCCGAAAAGCGCCUCCAGGCCCUUACCCAAAAGUACUCGGGUUUUUCCAAACACGACUAUUCCAAACUCGAUGUGACUAAUAAAAUUUUUAAAAAACCGUUCCCUAAAACCGCGUUUUUUCUCCUUGUCCCGCUUCUCCUACUCACGACUCAAAUAAAUUUUUUUGACUCGUCUUCGUGUUUAAUCGACAUGCCAUCUGACUCAUCGAAAUGGUUCCGAGAACCCGAAUCUUGCGACAUUUGCGAGGGCGUGACAGAAGUCCCAAAAAUCAAAAACAUUUCGCCUUCUGAAUUCUACUCGAAUUUUGUAACAUCGGCGAAGCCCGUCGUUGUGACCGACGGUGCGACCACUUGGCCGGCGUCCCAAAAAUUCUCAUUUGAUUUUUUCAAAAACUUGUACGCGAAUUCUGACUCGAAUUUUUGCCAGUUUUUUCCCUACAAGACCGAAUUCACUUCUCUGGAAGAAGUGUUAGAGAUGGACCCCAAAAGGGCUAAUUUGGAGCCAGGCCAAAAGCCCUGGUACAUAGGCUGGAGCAAUUGUAACGAUAAUGCGGGAAAAAUCCUACGCGAGUAUUACAACACCCCGUAUUUUCUGCCCAACACGUCGGAAAACAUCGCCCUGAAUUGGAUUUUCAUGGGGGGACCCGGACAAGGGGCCCACAUGCAUGUCGAUAAUGUGCAAUACCCGUCUUGGCAAGCACAAAUAAAAGGGCGAAAAUUAUGGAGACUGGCCCCACCCCCUGAAUGUCUUUACAAAUGUCAAGAAAUACAAGUUAUUGUGGAGUCGGGUGAAAUAAUCAUCGUCGAUACAAAUCGUUGGUAUCACCAAACUUUUAUUUUGCCAGGCGAGAUAAGUAUCACAAUUGGAGCUGAAUUCGAUUAAGUGUACUCAAAAUCCUACCAAAUACAGUCAUUGUAGCAUGUCAA